AUGGCGGGCUCUGUCAACCGUGGGCACAAACGCCUCUUUGCACUCAUCGCCCUUCUGCCCUUCUGGCUCAGCUUUGCGGCUCUCUCUUCAACCGCCAAUGCGCACCUCGUAGGACAUGGCGCCGACCGCCCUCAGGACCCAUCCCGCAAGUCGCUCGCGUGGGGUCCCGAGCACGUCCACAAGGUCUUCGCCGAUGUUGAGGCAGUCAACGAGUCAGCCGCUCCCCUCAAGCGAGGUCUCGACUCCAACACUCGCAAGCAUGCCUAUGCCGCUGCUAUCCACUACGUCAACGCCGAGGAUGGUCCAAAAAACCCUUACUCGGUAGCCACCCGUCUGGCAAAGCAUCUGCUCGGCUACGCUCAGGGUCUUGCCCCUUCGGGUCACGACUUCUACGUCCGUCCCGACUCGUACACCGACCCCUCGAGCGGCAUCUCACACUACUUUGUCCGACAGCUCGUCAACGGUCUCGAGGUGGCCGACGGUGACCUCAACAUCAAUAUUUCGCCCCAAGGCAAGAUCCUCUCCUUCGGUUCCACCCUCUUUGCUGGUCACGCUCCUCCUCCCUUCACCAACCAGGGCGUCUCCGCUUCCGAGGCUCUCAAUGAGGACCAGACCGAGCGUCACUGCGCUGAGGUGCGCUCCGAGCUUGAAGCUCUCCUCUUCCCUCCGACCUCUUCCGCUGAGUACACCGAGCAUCCCGGUGCUGACUCGACCAACACCCAAGAGGCUUUCGUCCGAGGAGGCGUUCACCAAUUCGUCUUUGAUAGCCUUGCUGGCCACCAGAACCAGAAAGAGCAUCCUGCUCGCAGCGCCAACGUAGACCCGCACACGUUGCUGCCUCUGCAGGAGGAGCUUCACGAGCUCUGCGGCGUGCCUUCGGACGACCCGCUCCUCCAGGGCGCCGACCUCUCGUCGCGCAUUGCUGGCGCGCUCCCGCAUCUUCGCUCCAAGCGCGAUGUCCACGGCCCCGAGAGCCUCGUCGACCCUCGGCUCGCCCUCAUCUAUUUCCUCAAGCAGGCGACUCCUGAUGAGGGUCUCGCUGCUCGUCUCUCGGACCCGCACGCCGCUGAGAGCGAAGCCGCCCAGAUCUUCACCACCUUUGAACACAAGCUUCAGCCUCAUGCUGGCAAGACCGAGUCGGGCGCACAGGGCUCUCACACGCAGAUCGAGUACCUCCACAACGUGCCCACCGCCAAAGGUCCCGUGCCUGCUCAGCUCGCCUACGUUCAGACCGAGGGCGAGGGCCUCAACCUGGUCUGGAAGUUCCAGAUCCCUCUCGAGGACAAUGCCUACGAGGCGUACGCCGACGCACACCGCCCCGGUAGCAUCAGUACUGUGGUCGAUUGGGUGCAUAGCAUGCCCCGCCCGCGCGCUAAGCAAGCCGUCAAGCCUGCUAACGCUGGCAACCGCAAGCUUCCCGAGCUCGGACGCCCUGACUUUUCAGACUACGCUCCGGAGAAGCCCUCCAAGCCAACUGAAGCAGGCGCUCCUGCUCCUUUGAGCCACGAGCCUAUGUACCGUGUCUUCAAGUGGGGCCUCAACGACCCCACUGAGGGCAAGCGAUCCGACGAAAGGGGUGAGCGCUACGAGGAGGCUUCCCCCGCAGGCUGGCACACCGUUCCCGGCAAGACGUCUCCGUUCUCGUCGCUCGAGGCCGACAGCGCUUUCGCAGUGGUCGGCAACAAUACGGUGUACUCGGACACCCGAGGCAACAACGUGUUUGCUCAGGCCGAUCCUUCGGGCAACGGCGAGUGGAAGUCGAGCCUCAUCAAGCGUCCCGCGGGCCGUCUGAGCGAUGACAAUUCGACCGACAUGAUGUUCAACUACCCUUACAUGUGGCGCAAGUCGGAGAAGAAACACUCGGAACUGCCUCCUGCCGACUACGUCGCUGCCGCCACCGUUCAGCUCUUUGUGACCAUCAACGAGUACCACGACCUUCUCUAUGCCUACGGCUUUGACGAGGCCUCGGGUAACUUCCAGGAGCACAACUUCGGCCGCGGCGGUGAAGGAUACGACGGUGUCAUUGCUUUCGCUCAGGAUGGCGCUGGCACGGACAAUGCCGACUUUAUGACGCCUCCCGAUGGACAACGCGGCAGGAUGCGAAUGUACGUUUGGGAUCAGUCGACUCCCUUCCGUGACGGCGACUUUGAAGCCGGCAUCGUGAUUCACGAGUACAGCCACGGUCUCUCGACGCGUCUGACCGGUGGUCCCGCCAACAGUGGCUGUCUCGGCUGGGGUGAGUCGGGAGGCAUGGGCGAGGGCUGGGGCGAUGCGCUGGCUUCGAUCAUCCGCCGAACUGGUGCGGCUCCGCACGACUGGCCCAUGGGUUCGUGGGCGUCCAACCGCGCCAAGGGCAUCCGAAACUACCCCUACUCGACCAACAAGACGAUCAACCCCGAGACCUACUCGUACCUGGACCACGCCGGCUAUUGGGGAGUUCACGCGAUUGGCGAGGUGUGGGCGACCAUCCUGAACGAGGUGGAGGAAGCGCUGGUGCUCGAGCACGGGUUCACCACCAACCUCUUCCCUCCUGCCACCAACGCCACUGCCGAGGAGCAGGCGCGCUUCUUCCUUGCCGAGGACGAAGUGGCUUCGCUGGGUGAGCACCGAGUGAGCAAGCGACGCGUUCCUCGUCACGGCAACUCCCUGCUGGUGCAGCUGAUCCUGGAUGGCAUGAAGCUGCAGCCUUGCCGACCGAGCUUCUUUGAUGCGCGUGAUGCGAUUGUGCAGGCGGACAAGCACCUGACGGGCGGACAGAACCGAUGCCUGCUGUGGAAGGCGUUUGCCAAGCGCGGUCUGGGCACGGAUGCCAGUGUGAUCGGACGUACGCCUUGGGGAGGAGGAAAGCGCAGUGACGGCUACGCUGUGCCCCACGACUGCAAGUCUAGCUCAGACUAG